AUGGAUCCAUACAAGUACCGCCCUUCGAGUGCUUAUGAUUCCCCCUACUGGACAACAAACUCCGGUGCUCCAGUUUGGAACAAUAACUCAUCAUUGACGGUUGGAACUAGAGGUCCAAUUCUCCUUGAGGAUUAUCAUUUGGUGGAGAAACUUGCAAAUUUUGAUAGGGAGCGGAUACCGGAACGUGUUGUUCAUGCAAGAGGUGCCAGUGCCAAGGGUUUCUUUGAGGUGACCCAUGAUAUUUCUCAUCUUACAUGUGCUGAUUUUCUUCGAGCCCCUGGAGUCCAGACACCUGUUAUUGUUCGUUUCUCCACUGUUAUCCAUGAGCGUGGAAGCCCUGAAACCCUCAGGGACCCACGAGGUUUUGCGGUGAAAUUUUACACCAGAGAGGGUAACUUUGAUCUGGUGGGAAACAAUUUCCCCGUCUUUUUUGUCCGCGAUGGAAUGAAAUUCCCAGACAUGGUCCAUGCUCUCAAACCCAACCCUAAGUCCCACAUCCAGGAGAACUGGAGAAUCGUUGACUUCUUCUCCCACCAUCCGGAAAGUUUGCAUAUGUUCACCUUCCUCUUCGAUGACUUGGGUGUUCCACAAGAUUACAGGCACAUGGAAGGCUCUGGUGUCAAUACCUAUACUCUAAUCAACAAGGCAGGGAAAGUACACUACGUGAAGUUUCAUUGGAAGCCUACUUGCGGAGUAAAAUGCCUUUUGGAGGAAGAAGCCAUCAGGGUUGGAGGGUCUAACCACAGCCAUGCCACCAAGGAUCUCUAUGAUUCAAUUGCAGCUGGAAACUAUCCCGAGUGGAAACUUUUCAUCCAGAUAAUCGACCCGGAUCAUGAAGACAGAUUCGACUUUGAUCCACUUGAUGUGACCAAGACCUGGCCUGAGGACAUCUUGCCACUGCAGCCAGUUGGCCGCUUGGUCUUGAAUAAGAACAUUGACAACUUUUUUGCUGAGAAUGAACAGCUUGCAUUUUGCCCUGCUAUAAUAGUUCCUGGUAUUUACUAUUCAGAUGAUAAGCUGCUCCAAACUCGGAUAUUCUCCUAUGCUGAUACUCAGAGGCACCGUCUUGGGCCCAACUAUCUGCAGCUCCCAGCUAAUGCUCCUAAGUGUGCUCAUCACAACAAUCACCAUGAAGGUUUCAUGAAUUUUAUGCACAGGGAUGAGGAGGUCAAUUACUUCCCCUCAAGGUUUGAUCCUGUUAGUCAUUCUGAAAGGCACCCAAUUCCUCCAAAUAUCUUGACAGGAAAGCGUGAUAGGUGCAUUAUUGCAAAGGAGAACAACUUCAAACAGCCAGGAGAGAGAUACCGAUCCUGGGCACCCGACAGACAAGAGCGAUUCAUCCGCCGAUGGGUUGAGGCUUUAUCUGAUUCCCGUGUCACCCAUGAGAUCCGCAGUAUUUGGAUCACGUAUUGGAGUCAGGCCGAUAAUUCUCUUGGUAAGAAGCUAGCAUCCCGUCUUAAUGUGAGGCCCAGCAUUUGA